GCUGUGGCUUAGACGAACAAAAUGAAAGUGGGUUUAGAAGUGCAUCACCCCAAGGACCCUUUUUCCUAUAUUUAUCCGAGGUUGAUAAAACCACGCAUCUAAAAAGAACACAUUUUUCAGGAGGAGGAAAAUCAAAAUUUUUAGUUCGAGGAAAAGUUCUUCUACUUGCUUUACAUUUACUUAAUAGAUACUACUUUUUCUGACUGAGACCCGCUUGUGUAGGAGGUCUGUUGAACAGAGUGACAUAUACUUGCUUCUCUUGAUUACACCCAAAGAAUAGACACCAGUAGGAAAAUGGCGAUGAUUGGUGCAACAGCGAUCUGGAAGGUCGCGACUGGGACGAAGAAGGCCAUAGACUUCCUACAGAGCUUCAACGGCGUAGAAGAAGAAGGUUACGUUCUAUGGAAAACCCUGGAAUCCCUGAGCAUACCCGUCAGCGUCGCAGACAAGCUAUUGGUUCGAGAGGAGGCGUUGGUGGUGCUGUUGCCGAGUACUCUAAACUACUAAAUCUAAACUAUUGUUGUCGUGGUUCUGUCAUUGUUGCUACUUGAUUUCGAAGAUCGUGGCAGGAUCUUCUAAUACUUCACCACCCACAAGUAUUGAAGUGAAAACCUUUCUCAUUCUCAAUUCUGCUGUCCAAAAAUUUUAGCUACUCUUAAGGGAAAACCGCAGACGUGUUGGUGCCGCAGACGAAUUGAGAAUGAGAAAGGUUUUCACUUCAAUAACAAGCACCUUCUUGUGCGUUAUCUUCAAGCACCUUCUUCAGGUACUCGUCUCAUCAAGUUUCAGAUAGGCAAAGUUGAGGAGAUCCUUGAAAUAGGGACUGCUGAACACGAGGACGAGGACGAAAGACCCGACUCGAAGGAGUCAUGGGGUAAAUGGCUAAGGUCGAAAAAAGAUGGGAAAGAAAGUUAAGCUUCUUGUGAUGAUUCACCAAGAUGAAGAUCAUGAUCGAAAGUAGGUGCCAUAUUUUAAAAAUGGUCUAUUAUUAAAAAGUAUUGACUCCUCUUUUCGUUGAGCAAGUGACCGGCCGCUUAACCUGCUUAUGCAUACCAGUCAAGAAGGUGAUGUUACAAACCUGCUCUUCACUAGGUAGUACUAAAAAAGAGGUAUCGAAGAUUGCUUUCCAACGAGAACAUCAAGGUAGAGGAGAAGUGCUGGAACUAUAUUACUCAAUGGAUAAUUUCCAGCACAUCUCCGCUUGAAGGGUUCCGGUAUUUGGUAACCUGAGUUUGAUCCUAAGGGAAAACAAGAAGAGAACCCUUAGGAUCAAACUUAGGUCCAAAUACCAGAACCAUACACCGCUACAGGAGCCCUAGUCAUCUAUCUCCUUUCUAAGGCAGAAGAGAACGAAUCGCGGAGAUGCUGCCCAAGUUGAAUGCGGUGAUCAGCAUGCUUUCUUUAGGACUGCAGACCUUAGCAGUGCAACCGGAAGUCCUAAGACGCGUGCAGCCUGGAGCGCCAAUGUGCUUCGUCCCAGCUGCAUAUGCAAAAGCACAACGACUGCUGGAGGAAGUUCUGUUUGGUAUGCUUUUUUACUUAUUGAUCCUCAUGUAGAGGAUAAUAUACAGAUUGAUAUGAUGCGUUUUUUAUGUAUGUUGAUAGAUCGAUCCCUAUCCUAUCCUAUAGGCGGCAUCCUAUCCUAUAGAUCGAUCCCUAGGCGGCAUCUUAUCCUAUCCUAUCCUACUUCUUUUUUCGUAUUUGCGUUCUUUUUACUACAAGAUGUUAGGAGGUCAUUUUUAAAAUUUAUCUCUCUGCUAGGAUUAAUCAUGUCGAAAUCUGCCUCAACAGCAUAGUAGUCAUCAUGAUCAUUCCACCUUCACCUCCACGACCUUCUCCAGGUCGCGUCACCUCCCUUGGCUUAUGCUGUGGCCAGUGGUGGCAACGGGAGGUCAAAUCUGCGGCCAAAAAGACGGUUCUGGUGUGCAAGGGACCAGCAACUGUAUGUCUUAGCAAGGAUGCAAAGUCCAAAAACUUGCAGUUGAGCAUAGCAGCGGCACCGCCACAAGAUGAAGAUGAUGAGCAUGACGAUUGGCCAUCCCAGAUUUUUGACCUUAUUGGGGGACCAUCUAGUAAGUCUUCUAGUAGCAGCAGUGCUGGUCCGACUACAGUAGAGCGACGCCGUGGAGGCGGUGGAACAAGGAUGACUACUUCUACAGAGGACAAUGAAGUAAAUCGGCCAGAAGGAGACAUAAUUUAUCAAAUAUCCACUCAAGCAGAAGGAACAAGUUCUAGUUCUACUCUUAGUCCUACAGGAGCGGUUCUGAAAGGCUUCCUUGAAUUUGAGCUAGAUUAUGACAAUGCUGUAUCAGCAGAGGUGUUUGAAUUGAUAGUAGGUCUAGCUAUUCACACUGAUUCGUUGCGCAACGACUUUCCUAACGAAACUGGUGGAAAGUUUGCCAGAGAAACUAUGCCGAAGAUUGGGUUUCCCUACGAUUUCAGGCAAGACGAUGCAUUGCGAUUACAAGUGCAAGACCUGGAAAAUGGAAUAGCAAACUUGAAUUUGUAGUCGUAUUCAAUGCAAGGCGGAAAUAAAGCUCUCUGAUGUCGGUAACCUGAUGUGAAAAUCCCAUAUUCCGUUUCCAUCUCUGACUAGAUGUCAUUCACAUUUAACGAGCCUCGCCACAUUCGUCACUGUGUGUCACUCAGAACAAGCGCCUAGCAGCAUGCUAAAGUUGUCUUGAUACUUCUACACCACUGUGGUACACGCAAUGCGCAACCACAUCAACAGUGCAGCAAACUCUUGCUCCAAG